AUGCUGGGAAACUCUGAUUUUGAGCUUUCCGUCCCGGAGAACUUGAACACCAUGUCCGCAUCGUUGGCUUCGCGGCUUGCUAAGGUUGUCAAAGAAGCUGCUCUGGAAGCCAAGCUGCACGAGGAGCGAAUCAAGCCACGGCCUAGCCGGCAAACUCACUGGCUGGAGAUAUUCCGGGACUAUGUCUAUCCCGGACAACUGAUAUUGCCAGGAAAUAGGUUCCAUUGGUACUGGAGACUCAUCGUCAUCAUCAUGGCACUAUACUCCUCUCUUAUCACGCCGUUCGAGUUCGCCUUUUUCCGAUUAAGAUUCCCUCCUCUGGGUUUAGUCAUCAUGGACAUUGUGUCAAAUGUCAUAUUUCUGGCGGACAUUUUCAUCACGUUUAGAGUAGCCGUUAAGGAUCAUCGGACAGGCACAUUGAUUGCUGACCGAAAGAGGAUUGCAAUAAGGUACCUGCAGGCCUGGUUCACUCUUGACUUCCUCUCAUGCAUUCCCUGGGAAUACGCGUAUCAGGCAACUGGACACCUCGUGUUCGAAAUUCUUUUGUGGCUUCGGCUCAUUCGUGCUCGGCACUUGAAAGAAUUCGCUGACAGGUUGGGGAAGGACACCCGGUACCACUACUUUCUGGUUCGCUGCACGGAGAUGUUUCUCACAGAAUUCUAUGUGGUCCACAGCGCAGCAUGCAUUAUGUACUUUCUUGCCCUCACCAUGCCUGAGAAUCAAUCAGGAUACACAUGGAUUGGAAGCCUUAAGCUUGGAGACCAGAGCUACGCUGACUUUCGAGAAAUGAACAUUUUUCAGCUUUAUUGUGUGAGCCUCUAUUGGGCUAUGGUGACAAUGGCAAGUCUUGGUUACGGCGAUGUUCAUCCUGUCAAUCCUCGAGAGAUGAUUUUCACUAUUGCCUUCGUGGUUUGGGACAUGUUGUUCACGGCAUACCUUAUUGCCAACUUCACAGCGUUGGUGGUCAGAUACCAGUCAAGAUCAGAGAUUUUGCGUGAACGGCUUUCAAAUGUUACCAGAUAUGCAAACAGGAAGCAGAUUCCUGCUGGAAUGAAGGAGCAGCUGCUAUCCCACGUUGUGCUGAAGCAAGAGGCGUUGGAGGAGGACAACAAGCUGGUCAACGAGUUUCCCAUCUCCAUCCGUGAUGGGGUUGCAAUGUCCCUGCAUGGGAAGGUGCUCGCAGAUGCAUAUCUUUUCCAGAGCUGCUCGAAGGCGUUCAUUCAAUUCCUGGUGUCACGACUGAGAGUGGAAUAUUUUCUCCCUGGGGAGGUGGUGGUUAGUCGGCACGACAACAACCAUCAGCUCUAUCUGCUCGUACAAGGAGAAGUGGAAGAAGUCCAUUUCAGCAGGAGUGGAGCUCGAGUAGCCACAGUGUGGAGUCCAGGGGAGAUGUUUGGGGAGGCGGGGUUGCUUGCCAGCAAAUUCUCCCCUUUCACUGCGCACGUCAAGUCGUUCUGCAAGCUGCUGAGGAUUGACGGCCAGGUCUUUUCUGAAGCCAUUGCGUUUCAUCAGGAGGAUGGAGAGAGGAUUAUUAGCAAUUAUUUGCAGAAAUUCGGGCAGUCGGAGUCUGAACCACUAGACUUUGGUCAGCCCAGGGCUCGUCGUCUGACAGACACAGCAGAGGAAGUUCGCCGUGCGGUGACACAGCGUCAGGCACAGCAGACACUAAGCGCCAUACAGCAAGCAGCACGGGGGGACCUGGACCAUCUCAAGAUGUUGCGAAAGCUCGGAGCAGACUUUUCUAAAGGGGACUUUGAUGGCCGGACUGCACUGCACCUGGCAGCUUCCAGGGGCUUUCCAGACAUCUGCAGUUUUAUUUUGAGAGAGGGGGGUGCUGCCAACAGGAAAGACCGGUUUGGCGUGACGCCUCUCCUGGAGGCCCUUCGAGCAGGCCACAUGCAGACAGCCGAGGUGCUUCGGGAGAACGGCGCGCAGAUCCUCCUGGACGACCCCGCAAGCGAGCUGUGCCAUGCGGUGAAGCGCGGUAUGGUGGAGUACCUCGAGCGCCUGCUGUCCUUUGGCCUGGACCCCAACGAAGCGGACCAUGACCUGCGCACGCCCCUGCACGUGGCAGCGGCAGAGGGGUCAGUUGUGCUCGUGCGGCUGCUGCUGGAGCAUGGGGCGGAUGCAUGGGCGCGGGACCGGCUGGGUAACCUGCCGGUGGAUGAGGCGUGCCGGAAUGGGGCGAGGCCGGUGAUUGCACUGCUUAAGGAUGGCAUGCGAGUGAAGCUGCCGCCGCUGGCAAGCCGGCCACCAGCUGGACGAGUCACUCGAGGGGGCUCGCAGCGCCGCCGCCACACCCACCACCAGCCCUCAUCUUCCAUCGCAGGCGCCCCCGCCGCCACUGCCAACACUGCCACUACCACCGCUGGCACAACUAACACUGCAACCAGCAACACCGGCAGCACUCCCCGCCACUCCCGGCCCAGCAGGCAGCGCUCCCAAAGCGUCGACACCUAUUCCGACCAAAUCGAAUCCGCCGCUGACGGCAGCAGCUCGGGCGCUGCGUCCCCCUCCACCUGCCUGCCCUCCGACCCCUUCCUCCAGCAGCGCGUCAUGCACCUGCGACGCCGCCCCACUAGCUCUGUGCACAUCCCCUCUGACCUCCUGGCAGACCUCCCUGCCUCCGUUUUUGACGAAUACCUCUCAGAACACCAGACAGCCUCUAACCAACCGCUCUUCACCCCUCCUGCGUCGCCCCUCGCACAUCCUCUCCUGCCAAAGCUCCAUGCUGCUGGUUCUUUGAGCCCACCGACCUCGUGUGAUGAUGGCUCUGCGUUGCAGCCGCGGUCAACCUCAGCCACCUUCCCACUCUCUGAACCUUUACUCCCACCUGUUCCGCAUCCACGGACCACUCUCACUACACAUGCCACCACGCACACCGAACACACUGCACGCACAGCACCAUACCCUUCUACCUCUGCUGCCCUCCCCCCUGCCCCACCUGUCCCUGGCGCGUCCUCUGCUCCCCGAGCACAACAGCGCCCCACGCCCCUCACCAUCCACCCUCCAGACAGAAGCUUCAGUCGCUCCUCCACAGCACCGCACUCAUCACUAGACGAGGUUCGCACCCUACUGAUACCAGCCACGCCAGAACCUUCCACUCCCUAUGCAACCAGCCAGCCCCUAUCAGGGCCCCUGGUGGGAGUGGGAGAGCCGAUCACUCCCUACCCUAAUCGCAACUACAUCCCUUCAGGGUCAUUCUCUGGGUCGUUCAGGGCCUUGCCUCCACCUCCCACCCCAUCUGUGGCUGUGGCUAACCGUCGAGUGACGGUCUUCCCAUGCCACUCAUGGGACACUGGCCAAGCUGGCAAACCACCUGGCAAUUCUCCUGGGGAUGCUAUACUGCGCGAGGGAGCUUCUGGCAAACCACAUGAAAGUUCACCUGAUCCUGCAGUGCAUUCAUCAGGGGAUUCUGCAUCUCCUGAACCUGGGAGGGAAGGAGGUGAUCGGGGAAGGGCUGGAGAUGAGAAACCAUCCAUGGGACGACCAUAUGGGAAGGUGGUGUUGGUACCUCGCUCCAUGGCCACACUGAAAGAGCAGCUGAGCAACCUGUUUGGAUUCUCUGUGGGAAUCCUUGUGAAUAAGGACGGUGGGGAAAUCACCGACGUGGAUACAAUUUGGGAUGGAGAUGUCAUCUUUGCUCCACCAUCUGAACCUGCUUCAUCUGGUUCCCUUGUGUGCCAAUCCUGCCAAUGUAGAAAAGUACAAGCACCAUGUGUUUCUGAUUAA